CAUACUCCCCGAGGCAGCGGUCACGAGUCUCGUUUUCUUGAGUGACGCCUCUUCAUUGGCCCCGCCCCCGGUUCUCGCUUUGUCUUUAGUGGAACCGCAGCCUUGUGACGUCAUUACUUCCCCAGGCAGGCGUCGUGUGGCCAUUCCAGCUGAGAGUAACGGUCUCCGGUGUGUGUUAUAGGAGCCCAGUGACAAAGGAAUAAGAAAAAUGUCUCUGUACCCAUCUCUGGAGGACUUGAAAGUCGACAAAGUUAUUCAGGCUCAGACUGCAUUUGCAACAAAUCCAGCCAACCCAGCAAUUUUAUCAGAAGCUUCAGCACAGUUAUCCCAGCAUGGAGGUUUGUAUCCUAAACUGUAUCCAGAACUCUCUCAGUACAUGGGUUUAAGCCUGAGUGAAGAUGAAAUCCACAAAAAUAUGUCUCUGGUGCCUGCAGAUGGGCGCCAGGUAGCAAGACCAUCCGCUGUAAAUAACAUGGUGGCUCCAGUAAGUGGAAGUGAUCUCGGGAUUCGUAGAGCAGAAAUAAAACAAGGACUCCGUGAAGUUAUCUUGUGUAAGGAUCAGGAUGGAAAAAUUGGUCUCCGCCUUAAAUCUAUUGACAAUGGUAUUUUUGUGCAACUUGUUCAGAUUAAUUCUCCAGCAUCUUUGGUUGGAUUAAAGUUUGGGGAUCAGGUUCUGCAAAUCAAUGGUGAAAACUGUGCAGGUUGGAGUUCAGACAAGUCCCAUAAAUUCCUCAAGCAAGUUUCCGGAGAUAGGAUUUCCAUGGUUAUUAGAGACAGACCAUUUGAACGCGCUAUCACAAUGCACAAAGACAGCAAUGGCCAUGUUGGGUUUGUUUUCAAAAAUGGCAGAAUAACUUCCAUUGUCAAAGACAGCUCCGCUGCAAGGAAUGGACUUCUCACAGAUCACAACCUUUGUGAAAUUAAUGGGCAGAAUGUCAUUGGAUUAAAGGAUUCCCAGGUUGCAGAAAGCCUGUCAACUUCUGCUAAUGUGGUUACCCUCACUGUAAUGCCAUCCUACAUUUUUGAGCACAUGGUGAAGAGAAUGGCUUCGAGUGUCAUGAAGAGCCUAAUGGAUCACUCUGUUCCUGAGGUGUAACAUGCCCCCUCCGCCCUGAUCUAGAUCCUCGGCUGAGCUAGGACUUAUUAUACAAUAAGCAGACAGCAGGGCAUCUUCUUUAAGAGCAGGAUUCUUACUACUGCAUGUUAACCCCGGCAUUGUAUACCACAGCAAAACCUGUUGCAUCUGAUUCUGUACAGUAUAUGUUAACAAACCUUUACUAGGUAGAGAGCUGUGCAACUUUCAUUUAAUCAUCUAUCUGUUUACAAGCUGUCAUACCUUGUGCUGUACAAGCCGAAUGAUGAGUCAAAUGAUAUAUUCUCAUUACUGUCCAGAUACACAAAGCUGAAAUGUACCGCCAGCUGAUUCUAGCUGUCUGCCAUUCUGAUUUUAGUAAAGAAAUGCACUAUUCUUACAUGUAACUGUAUCUGAUAAAAUGCUGUAAUUUUUCUAUUCUAUGUAAGAGCUAUUUUCCUAUGUAUGAAUCUUGUUUAAGUUGCAUGCCAUUUUGCUUUAUAUAUGGUAUUUAUACUACAGAUUAUUAAAGCGAUAACACAAAUAGUACAAUGUAAUUUUCUAUAUAUAGGAAAACUAUAUCCAUGAAAGUAAGAUGGGAGGAUUUAAAAUCACUUGGCACAGGGCAUCGUGCCAUUAUUUGACCUCCUAUACAUGU